GAGUCAAACACAGGAAAUCCCUACAUUGACAAUAAAAGAUAAUUCUAAGUAUGGCACCUUUGUUAAUGAGGAAAAAAUGCAGAAUGGCCUUUGCCAAACUUUGCGGGCAGGGGAUAGAGUUACUUUUGGAGUGUUUGAAAGUAAAUUCAGAGUGGAGUAUGAGCCUUUGGUUGCAUGCUCUUCUUGUUUAGACGUCUCUGGGAAAACUGCCUUAAAUCAAGCCAUCCUGCAGCUUGGAGGACUUACCGUAAACAACUGGACAGAAGAAUGCACUCACCUUGUCAUGAUGUCAGUUAAAGUUACCAUUAAAACAAUAUGUGCACUCAUUUGUGGAUGUCCCAUUGUAAAGCCAGAGUAUUUUACUGAAUUUCUUAAAGCUGUUCAGUCUAAGAAACAGCUUCCACAAAUUGAAAGUUUUUACCCACCUAUUGAUGAGCCAGCCAUUGGGAGUAAAAAUAUUGAUCUGUCAGGACGGCAGGAAAGAAAACAGAUCUUCAGAGGGAAAACAUUUGUAUUUCUGAAUGCCAAGCAGCAUAAAAAAUUAAGUUCAGCAGUUGUUCUUGGAGGAGGAGAUGCUAGGUUGGUAACAGAAGAAAAUGAAGAAGAACAUAGUUUCUUCUCGGCUCCUGGAACUUGUGUUGUAGACGUAGGAAUAACAGAUUCGCAGACCUUAGUUUCUGACUCUCAGAAAAAAUGGAUUCGUUCGAUUAUGGACAUGCUCCAGAGGCAGGGUCUUAGACCUAUUCCUGAAGCAGAAAUUGGACUGGCAGUGAUUUUCAUGACUACAGAGAAUUACUGUGACCCUCGAGGACAGCCCAGCACAGGAUCCAGGAUGAUGACUCCAGGGCCGAGCCCUUCCCAGGGCUUGUCAGUCAAAGAGGAGUUCCUGUCGAGUGCCCCCAUGAACUCUGUGACGUGUAUGGCCAACACAGAGUCGGAGCAAGGAGAUACGUGUAUGGAUUUGAGUGAAAGGCCAAAAGAAACAAAAAUCUCCAGAAUGGAACAAAAAUUCAGAAUGCCUUCACAAGAGACAUCCACUGUAAAGGAAUCCCCCAAAAUAAGCUCUGAUAAUACUACUGUAGGAGCAAAUGUUCUAGUUAGGACAAAAAUCCCAAACUAUCAGCUCUCACCAGUGAAGCUCCCAGGUGUAAAUGGAGGUAGAGAUCGGGCUUCCCAGCAGCUGCAGACGAACUCUAUCCGAAACUACUUCCAACCAGCCACCAAGAAAAGGGGAAGGGAUGAGGAGAACCCAGACGCGUCUUCUUCUAAGCUGGCAAAAGGGGAAGUGUCUGGCUCUCUGACAGACCAGACACAGCCCGCUGCACCCCCAGUGUGGAGAGACGAGGGGCAGCAUCUGUCUCAGCACAAGCCCGUGGGGAAAGACCCAGACGGCUUAUUUACAGGUGUGGAGUCAGAGCCCACUUUGAGACCUUCUGCCAGGAAGUCUCUUCCUACAGAAAAUCUAGGAUCAGAAAAAAGGAAAAUUGACGAUUUAGCCAUAGAAAAUGAAGUACUGGAAGAGUUACUCAAGGACACAAAACCACAGUUAGAAGGAGAAGAUGCCAAAAUUAGAAAAAUGCCAAGAUUGGAUAUAGAAUCAAAUGGCUCCUUUAAUGGUGAAACAAUGCCGGAAAGUAACAAAAUAUCUCAAGAAAAUGAAAAUGGGAAGAAAUGUGAGAUCAAGAAAGAAUUACUGUGGUCAACUAAAGAAGAAUCAUCCAACGAUGACCGGCUCCAGGAUGGUGGCGAGUCGCCUCCCAGGAGGGUGUUACUGACUGAAUUUAGAUCCCUGGUGGUGAGCAGCUCUGCCUCCAGAAGUGCACCCAGUGUGAAUGGUGAUUAUGGUCGACUGAAGAAUUUCAAGAAAUUCAGAAAGGUCCAGUUUCCCGGAGCAGGAAAACUUCCACAGAUCAUUGGAGGAUCAGAUCUCAUAGCACAUCAUGCGCGAAAGAAUACAGAAUUAGAAGAGUGGCUGAGGCAGGAAAUGGAGGUGCAAAAUCAGCAUGCAAAAGAAGAGUCCCUUGCUGAUGAUCUCUUUAGAUACAAUCCUAGUGUAAAAAGGAGAAGAUAGCCAAGGGUUUUAUGAAGCCGCCGCAGGAAAACAUUCCCUCAGCAUUCCUUCCUGUUUCCUCUGGAUACCAGGAUUGGAGUUACAGAUACUCUGCGGCCCGAUUUAGUUAAAUAAAACGCAAAAAACUCCA